GCCGGCACGGUUCCGCACGGCUGGAGAAAUAUGUGAAUUUCGCUUCAGAAGCACCACACACAGCCAAAGCACACAGCGGUGCAAAAAUACAAACUGUUUUCGGUCGCACCGUACUCGCCGUCGCAAUUGUUCUGUGGCCUCGUCGCGUGAGAUCGUCUGUCCUACCGCCGCCACCACCACCACCAUCGCCGCCCCCCGCCUUCGGCUGCAGAUAGCCUGGCCAAUUUACGCUGACUGGUGACGCGCGCCAGCGCACCCGCACGCCGACGAAGAGCGACGACGCAGCCUUGGUGAAGCGACCAGUGUGUUUCGUGUUCUUUUUUUUUUUUGGUUUUGUUUUAUUUUGUUUGCCUCUUUAUUUCGGACCACGAUCGAGCCCGGAGGCCCACCACCACUGACGUAGUUUUUUUUUUCUGAUUGAGCGCAUUUUGCUAUCUCAACGGAACGGUCGUGAUCGUGCGCGGUUCCAGCGAAAGAGGCGCCGUACGCCAGUUCUUGCCGAUCCACCGAAGCAGAUAGAACGCUUUCUGCGCGCGCACACCAGCCUGGAGAAGCCCGGUUAUAGAGGGAAAUUGUAUUUAUGCUAUCGCGAUACGCGCCAUCGAUUAGCAGUGUCGGUCGGGCAGUCGGCCAGUGCGGAUCGUGCGACGCAGUAACGUUCGGGAAAUACACGCGACACGCGCGGAAUCGUCCAUCAACCUAAACAUUAAACGAAAAUACUAAAACAAACGAAAAAAGGCCGAUUCAUCUCAAACCGGAAGCCUUCUGCGGGGUUGGAAGUGGCGUGUGCUGCAGCGAGUGUUUUUGCGCGUUGUGUAACCGAAUUUUCGCGGCGGCCAGGUGCGCGAAGGGUUUUUCUCUAAAAGCCCCUGCCAACGUUGUGGUGUGCCGCCUUAUCUUACUUGUUGCACACAUACUCACACACACUGACGUUCGUUCCGGUGGUAUUGUAAAACACGUCCCCAAGUGGCCGGUGUGAGUGGGUGAAACUAAACCCCAGGCACUCUAGCCCGACCAGUGAGGCUCCAGUCGCAGCCGCAGCAACUUGCCAGUCAACGAGCCAACCCAAUCUACCAGUUCUACCAGCCAACGAAGCCACUCUCGUCGUCCAAGAUGAGCAUGAGUUCGUACACCGAGAGCAGCUCGGAGGAGGACGACCUGUCGCCGCGCGACAAGGUGCAGCAAAACUCGAAGGGCUAUGCGGACUUCUGCGUCCGCAACAUCAAGCAGCACUCGUUCGGGAGGCACGAGAUUGAGAUCGCGGAGCAGGAGAUGCCGGGCAUCAUGGCGCUGCGCAAGCAGGCGCUCGACGACAAACCGCUCAAGGGUGCGAACAUCGUCGGCUGCACGCACGUGAACGCGCAGACCGCCGUCCUCAUCGAGACGCUCAUCUGUCUCGGUGCGAACGUGAGAUGGGCGGCGUGUAACAUCUACUCGACGCAGAAUGAGGUAGCGGCCGCACUGGCCGAGAGCGGCGUGCCGAUCUUUGCCUGGCGUGGCGAGAUCGAGGAAGACUUCUGGUGGUGCAUCGACAAGUGCGUGCACGCGGAAAACUGGCAGCCGAACAUGAUCCUGGACGAUGGGGGUGACGCGACGCACCUGAUGCUGAAGAAGUACCCGGUCAUGUUCAAGAUGAUCAAGGGCAUCGUGGACGAGAGCGUGACGGGCGUGCACCGGCUGUACCAGCUGUCCAAGACGAGCAAGCUGACCGUGCCGGCGAUGAACGUGAAGGACGCGAUCACCAAGACCAAGUUCGACAGUCUGUACAGCUGCAAGGAGUCGGUUAUCGACAGCCUGAAGCGCGCCACGGACAUCAUGAUCGGCGGCAAGCAGAUUGUGCUGUGCGGGUACGGCGAGGUCGGCAAGGGCUGCGCCCAGGCCCUGAAGGGGCUCGGCUGCAUCGUCUACGUGACCGAGAUUGAUCCGAUCUGCGCGCUGCAGGCGUGCAUGGAUGGGUUCCGCGUGGUCAAGCUGAACGAGGUGAUCCGCACGGUGGACGUGGUGAUUACCUGCACCGGCAACAAGAACGUGGUGACGCGCGAGCACAUGGACAAGAUGAAGAACGGCUGCAUCGUGUGCAACAUGGGCCACUCGAACACCGAGAUCGACGUGAACAGCCUGCGCACGUCCGAGCUGCAGUGGGAGAAGAUGCGCUCGCAGGUCGACCACAUCAUCUGGCCAGGGCCGGACGGCAAGCGCAUCAUCCUGCUGGCCGAGGGCCGGCUGGUGAACCUGUCCUGCUCGAGCAUCUCGUCGUUCGUGGCGUCGAUCUCGGCCACCACGCAGGCGCUCGCGCUGAUCGAGCUGUUCAAUGCGCCGCCCGGCCGCUACAAGGCGGACGUCUAUCUGCUGCCGAAGAAGAUGGACGAGUACGUCGCCAGCCUGCAUCUGCAGACGCUCGAUGCGCAUCUGACGGAAUUGACCGACGAGCAGGCCCGGUACAUGGGCCUCAACAAGGCCGGCCCGUUCAAGCCGAACUACUACAGGUAUUAGUAUAGCAGGUGCGCUUCGUUUCCGGCCGGGCCGCGCCGCCGCACGCACGACGCCACACGCUGCCGUGCCGCGAGUUAGCACCGCUCGGACGCGCACACCUUUAUUAGCAAGCAUAGCGAAUUUAUGAACCGCAAUCACAUCACUUCGUCGAACCGAGCUCUGUGUGUGUGUGUGUGGAGCUGGUGGAUGUCACCCCAAAUUACUAGCUGCAGCAGAUAGAAGAAAAAAAAACCCCAAAUGCGAAGAGUGAGAAAGAAGCAGAACCACUUUCGAGAUGUAUGUGUGUGUGUGUGUUGUGAGUGUGGAGCCUGCAAUACGAACCACUUUUCGACAGGAAGAACCUUUGGAAACACCCACGCACACACACACACACUGUUUAGCAUUUAGACGAUAGAUUAGAAAUGAUAAAACAAUGCAAAGGAAGAUGCGGUUAGGAAAAAGCGAUGGUUCAUUUGCAUGAGCGUCAACGUACUAGUUUUUUUCAUUUAGAUCAAUGGUUUUCAGAUCUUUUUACCGCAUUUCCUCCCAUUCCCUACCGGCCCUUAGACGGGCUUCAAGAAAAUCGGUACAAAAUGAGUUAAACAUCAUUUUCUGUUGCUACCUCCCAACACUUUUACUUUUCAUACAAACACCUGGAUUGUUAGCUUGCUUCUAUCUGUCAAACGCCCUAAAGAUUUGGGAGGAACGUGUUGUUUUUACAGGGUUUUCCAGAUGUUUUCAUAGUUGUCGGACACUUCCUUGACUUUUUCUUAUUGGAAGUGAACUUCAUAUGUUGGAAAUUGGACUCUAUGGCACGUUUUUUGGACAGACUGCUUGGACAUUCCUAUUGGAUUUGUCCAUCAAGGGUUCUAUAGAGUCCAAUUCAGGUUACAUUAAGUUCAUUUCACGUGUGAAAGAGUUAAUAAAGUGUUCCACAACUAUGAGAACUCCUGGAAAGCCCUGUAACGCAAAACAAAAGUUUGGGCAUAAGUGGGUUAGUAGGAGGUUUUUUUUUUAAAUUCUUCGUACGAGGAACGCAUAUAAUUUUGGAUGCCUCAUCUAUUGUCUUAAGUUGCUCUUAAGGUGGUGUCUUAAGUUGGCUAGUCCAUUUUUUUAAGUACUGGAUUUUUACAGCAAAAUCAUGUAGCACCUUGACAAGCUUAUUUUUGGAUUUAAUAGGGAGCUUUGUACAAUGCUACAAUGUACAGCUUGUGUUGGUUAUUGGACGAAUAAUCGUUUUUCGAAUCUUACUUUUUUUUGAUACGAAUAAUCUAGUCAUUGACCCAAUGCAUUUUACGAAAUUUUGAUAAAAAUUUCUCCCUGAAAAAAAUAUAAUAACAAUUUGAAAACCGCUGAUUUAGAUGAUGAACUGGCCGUGAGUCGCAGCUUUUUUGUUAAUUUUAAUUGAUGAAAUAUAUAUGGUUUCAUUUCGCAAUUGCAAUACAAUUUGUUUACUAAACCAUGAACAUUAUUUGGCAGACCAGAAACGUUCUUUAUUUCGACGGGUAGGACGGGUUCUUUUUAUGAGUAGCUCAGUGCAUUAUAAUUUGUUAAGAAUCGAUGAACGUUGAUUAGACGAUCUUUAUUUUGAAUGCACUGACCGUACGGUUCUGGUUCUUUAGUCAGGCCCCUAAUUUUCUGUCGAGCAUGGAGCUCCUCGAGCGCGUGUGGGUAUUAUGACUGUAAAUCGGGAUUAAUAGAAGCAAAACGGUACACCUGCUCUUCCUUUGCUAUGUAUAAAAAAGAGAGAAAGAGAGUUAAAAAAACGAUAAAUAUAUAUAUUUAAAAAAACGAAUUUCUUCCGCCGCUUUUACACACACACACACCCGCAGUAGCAGAACUCUGUAUCCUGUAGAAGAGCGAAAGUGUGCAAUCUGGUUAAAAAUUUCUUGUUAAAAGCGAUGCAAAGGAGACGGACAGAGAGCGAAAGACACGUGGUGGAAAAGUAAAAAAAAAAUCCAAAAACUAUAACUAUAGCAAUUAAAACAUACGCAAACGCACGAAGAAAAGCAGCGAUGAUGUCCCGGUGGGUGUAUGUGUGUUGUUUGUGCGCGAUAUUCGCAACAAAACAUAAUCGAUCGGUCGGUUUGGGUUUUUUUGCUUUACCAUUCGCAACCGCUCGAUUGGGACGCGUGGCGUCGCUCACGUGGCUUUUUCUUCGCAACUGCAAAAUUAAUUGUCAAUUAACCGAACAAACCCCCCACCCGCUAUCGAACGAAGAACGAGCAAGCAAGGGAAAGCGCAAUGCAAUGCGACGAGAAUGGGAAAUAAUGUGAAUUAGAAGAAAAAAAAAACAAUGUCUGCGCCAAAGCCGAUUGCGACUUCUUCAGCGCUUUUGUUUCAGCAUGUGUUUAAGAGAGGUGUUAUCCUGUAACAGCCAAGCUAAGGAUUGCAUUUGCUCCGUUUGGGCAGAGUAUUUCCGUUUCGUUUCGUGGGCGCGCGCCACACAACUAACUGAUUUUUUCCCCCAUUUUGAUGGGCAGAGGCUCAAUUCUCCUCCUUCAAAAGCCAGAACAAAAUGUUUGUAAAAAACAAAACAAAACACUAUCUAUUGCUCUUAUGUGUACAGCAGGUAAAUAGGCGAACGAAAAAACAAAAACCGAGGCGAAGCGUACGAACGGAAAAGAAAAUUGCUCUUGAAAUGGAGAAA